AUGCCUCCUAAAGGCUCUACCUUCCGCGGUCCCAACGCACAACAUUUCCAGCUUGUCCACCGUUCGCAGCAAGAUCCGCUUAUCAAUGAUCCCGAUGUUGGACAGAGAGUCUUGAAGGCGGUCUCCAGGGGAAACGACAAGAAGGCCGAGCUCUCUCUUGCCGAACUUGAAGCUUCCCUCGACAAGUCCAAGAUCCGAUCCAAUGAAGGCGAAGCGGCUCUCUACGGAAUCACCUACGACGACUCUGCCUACGACUACAUGCAGCAUCUCAAGCCCGUUGGUGGUCUUGCCGCGGGCGGUGACUCGUGGCUUAUCGCUGCCCCCAAGGGUGGAUCUGGCGUCGCCCCAGGAAUGAAGGGUGGAAAGCAAAAGGCCAAAGGAGGAGCGGUCGAUGAUGACAUGUUCAAACUGCCAGAGACUGUGUUGCCGAGCAAGGCCAUGAUGAGCGUGCAGGAGGCAAGGGCUAGGAGUGAGGCUAUCCCCACAGAGCUGCAGGGUUUGCAGCCGGACAUGGACCCGCAUCUCCGUCAAGUGCUUGAAGCGCUGGAUGAUGACGAGUUUGUGGAUGAGGAAGGGGACGAUGAAGAUUGGUUUGGAAGCCUCGUGAAGGGAGGAGAGAGGAGCGCGCAGGAGGAGGUCCCUUGGGAGUUUGCUGAGUGGGGUGUAGACGAGCAGGGCAAGCCUAUGGACAAGAAACCUUUGGAAGAAGGCGAAGAGAGGGAAGAGACUUGGGAAGACAGGUUCAAGGCCUUUAAAGCUCAACAACACAAGCUUCCGGAGGUUGUGUCUGAAGCUGGCGAAGACAUGUGGGGAGAGGAGGAGAGGAGUGAAAUGGCCGAUACCAUUGGAAGCUUGGCGAGUAACAUGAGCGACAUGAUGGUCCAAGGCGGAAAGAAGAGAAGAGGAAAGAGGGGACCCAGUGAUGCGUCUGGCAUGAGUAUGAGUAGUUCAAGCAUGUUCCGAACGCAGGGUCUGAGAGAUUUGGAUGAUCGGUUCGACAAGGUCGAGAUGGACUACUUGUAUGAUGACGAAGAGGAAGAAGAGGAAGACUGGGACGACUCGGACGAUGGGACAGCAUCCAUCGCCGCUUCCAACUUUUCAACCGCCUCGCGCUUCUCUCUCGCUUCCCAUGCCUCGCGCGCUUCAAACGCCACCGCCGUACCCCCUGAACUCUCGCGAGACGACUUUGAGUCCAUCAUGGACGAUUUCCUGGACAACUAUGAAAUCGUAGGCAGGAGGUUGAGACCGGCUUUGGGUGGAACGACAAUGACGGGUCCGGAGAAGCUCAGGGUGAUGAGGGCGGCUAUUGAAGGGCAGGAUGAGGAGAAGGAGGAGAAUAGGAAGAGAAUCAUGGAGAUUGAGAGGGAAGAUAUGUCCAGGGGAGGCAAGGGUCCGAAAAGACCCGCGCAGACCGAGAGGGUAAGGCAGGAGGAUGGCCCCAAGUGGGAUGUCGAGAGUAUUCUGAGUACGCGGACAAAUACGGAGAACCACCCUGGUACGAUUCGCAACCCCAAGCGCAAGCCCAGAGAAGCCCAAGCUGCCCCGCCCGUGCGAGAGGAAGAGUCUGAAUCCGACUCUGGCUCCGAGACUGAGCGUGAGGGCGGGCCCAGGGUGACAGUAGCGCGUCAGAAGGGCGAAGCGGCGGACGACAAGAAGGCCAGGAAGGCUGCCGUCAAGGCCGAGCGAGCCGCCCGAAGGGCAGAGAAAAAGUCUCAUACCGAGACGUUUGCUACUGAGCGCAAGAAGCAGCUCAAGUCUGCUGGAAAGUUGGUUGCGGAUGGCAAAGCAGCGGAUGUGCCAUCCGGACGGGAGGGUGUUGUGCGGCUGCGUUGA